GACACACUGUAUGCCCCGCCAACACUUUACGCGCCAUCCCACCAAGACGCGCUCGUCGCGUCCCACCCAAAUGUUCCGUCGUCAAACUUCCCGGCGCUCAACUUCAAGGCACGUACAACAGCACCAACCGACGAAACAAUGGCGGAAGCGGAAUUGAAGGAGUUCUUUACCUCGGGAGACAAGGCCCUUGAGCCUGAAGUUCUCACUGAGCUGCAAUCCCUAUUGCGCCUGCACGACCUGUCCGCCGAGGACCUUUUCUACAAAUGGGAGUCCUUCUGCAUCAAGAUGGACAUGGACGCCAUGAACCCCGACAUUGUGCACGUGCGAAACUUCAAAAAGGACAUCCAGGAUGCACUGGAAAAGAGCAACCGACAGCAGACGCACAUCAAGACGGAGAAGCGCAGUCACGGCACACCGCGGGCUGGCAGGGGCGGCGGCGAUGUCUUUGGCAUGCUGGAUGGACUGGUGCCCAGCACGCCGGCGUCAGGUAGGCUGAACAAGCCGAGCAGUCUGCGGAAGAAGACGCAUGAGACGCCGACGAUGUCGCGGGUCAAGGCCGAGAUACCCUCGAGCUCGCCAGACUACAAGGGGGCUACCAAGAUGGAGGAGCAAUUGAACGCAAUGUCACUACCCAGCUCCUUCAACGAACGACAGAACGCCGGCGAGACGGUAGAAGUGCUCAACGACCACCUCGACGCUCCGGAACCGCCAAUCUGCCCGUACUCCGAACCCCGCAUCAAGUUGACGGCGGCAUCAGACCAAAAGAAGCUGGCGUACAAGCCCCUGGCGAUGAAGCUGUCAGAGGCGUCCGAGAUCCUCGACGACAGGAUAGACGAGUUCAUGCACAUCAUCCAGGAGCACCACAAGCUGGACUUUUCAGAAUUCGGCAAUGCAGCGAGCCAGAGCACGACAGAGGUGAUUGCCGUCGGACGCAUCGCCUCGGACGCGCCCGAGGGAAAGCUCAACGCGGCGUCGUUGGUGCUCGAGAUGUCGAGGCGGGUGGGCGGUGGUCUGCGGGCGCCCCUGAACAUGCGCAACAAGGGAUUUAGCUUCUUUCCCGGCCAGAUUGUGGCCCUCAGGGGCAUUAAUACCUCGGGCAACGAGUUUGUCGUGGAGGACGUGCUCGAGGUGCCUCUGCUGCCCAACGCGGCUUCGACGCCGGCCGCGUUGGCUGCGCAUCGCGAGAAAUUGCGAGGCGAUCCCGAUGCCAUGGACACCGACUCGGAUCCGGCGCCCCUGAACGUUCUUUAUGCUUCUGGGCCGUAUACAGCCGACGACAACCUGGACUUUGAACCGCUGCACGCCUUGUGCGACCAAGCUGCCGACACAUACGCGGAUGCGCUUGUGAUGACGGGCCCGUUUAUCGAUAGCGAGCACCCCCUGAUUGCGACUGGCGACUUUGACCUCCCCGAGGAAGCCGUCAUCGACCCGGACACGGCGACAAUGUCGACCGUCUUCAAGUACAUGUUCUCCCCGGCCCUGAACCGUCUCGUGUCCGCCAACCCCAGCAUCACAAUCCUCCUCGUGCCGUCGGUGCGCGACGUCAUUGACAAGCACGUCUCGUGGCCGCAGGACUCGGUCCUGAAGAAGGAGCUCGGCCUUCCCAAGACGGCGAGGAUCGUCACCAACCCGAUGACGCUGUCCGUCAACGAGAUGGUCAUGGGCAUCUCGUCGCAGGAUAUCCUCUGGCAGCUGCGGCACGAGGAGCUCGUCGGCGGUCGUCCGUCAGAUCCGUCCUUGUUGUCGAGGCUGAGUAGGUACCUGCUAGAGCAGAGGCAUUUCUUCCCCCUCUUCCCGCCAACGGACCGCCAGAAGCUGCCCAAGACGGGAACCGAGGAGGGGAUCCCGCCUGGUGCCAUGCUGGAUCUUAGUUAUUUAAAGUUGGGCGAGAUGGUCAAUGUUCGCCCUGAUGUGCUUGUGGCGCCUAGCUUCUUGCCCCCGUUUGCCAAGGUCGUCGAGAGUGUCCUCGUGAUCAACCCAGGCUCUUUGUCGAAGAGACGCGGCGCCGGCACGUACGCCCGCCUGACGCUGUUCCCUCCCAAGGCCGAUGCGGGCCAGUCGGGGGCAAUGGUGAGCCACGGCGUGUUUGAGCGCGCAAGGGUGGAGAUCAAAAAGAUUUGAAGCGCACCUACAUGACGUGUAUGACGGCAGGGUUUUCCUUUAGGGCCUCGG